AUCUUUCAAGAACAACCAUACGUACGCCUUCCUUCACGCACAGCGGUGCCUAUUUAUGCUGAAUGUGUAGGAUAUUUUUAAAGAAAUGGCUCGUCAGGUAUAUUUAUAUUGCAUCGCACAACCUUCUACUGCCAACACCGGACGGCGGACCCAAAAGCCGUUUCCUCCUCCCGUCAAAGUCUGCAAAGAGAUAGUCAACGGCAUGGGCGGCGCACAAUCAACCCAUUACGCGCGAUUCAAAAACUACAACUUUAUGCUCCAAAGCAGGUGCUUACGAAUGCCGCGUGUAGGCAGCGCAGCACGUGGCCCUCUCCUAUCACCGCACCACAGUUAGUGAUGUUCCGGCCCGGCUCAGGCUCAAAGCCCCGGCUUAGGCUUGGCUUCGAAGGGCUUAGGGUCUGUUCGGACAUCAGCCAUUUUCAAAAUUCCAGUUU